UCAUUGAUUUAUCACGUUAGAACUAUGAUUUUUAGAUUCUGGCAAUUAUUAAGUGCUGAUGAGUGGUAUUGCUUUUUCGACGUGGCAUAAACGCGUCUGAUGAUAUAUAGUAAAACAACGACCUUGGCGGUGCACUCACAAUGGACAGCCACAUCAGGCGCUUUACAUUAGAUAGUUAUAGUGUUGUAUCAACCGCAUUCGGACAAAAAUUGAACGAGUAAUUGCCCUCACUUCGUGGCUAUUUGACAUAACUGCAUACUUCCUCGGUGAUCUGGCCCUUGCAGCGCAAUUGCCUGCAAUGGCAUUUGUUACUCUGAACAUGGGCACCGUGCGGAAAAUGUCUUUUGGCUUUAAUGGCAAGAUCAAUGGCGUGGAGGGCAAAACGCCUUUUCUCAUUGGUGUAUCUGGUGGUACUGCAAGUGGCAAGUCAACAGUAUGCAAAAGAAUAAUGGAAAAAUUAGGACAAGUAGACAAAGAUCAUACAGAACGACAGGUGGUAUGCAUUUCGCAGGACAGUUUUUAUAGAGAUCUAACACCAGUGGAAAAAAUAAAAGCCGAAAAGGGACAAUAUAAUUUUGAUCAUCCUGAUGCUUUUGAUAAUGACUUAAUAUUGCAGACUCUUAAAGAUAUUUUGUUAGGAAACAAAUGUGAAAUUCCUGCCUAUGAUUACAGGACAAAUAGCUUAAUCAAAGACCAAAUUACUACAAUUUAUCCAGCCGAUGUUGUGUUGUUUGAAGGAAUAUUAGUGUUUUAUUUUCCUAAAAUACGAGAUCUUUUUCAUAUGAAGCUAUUUGUUGAUACAGAUUCUGACACUAGGUUAGCUAGAAGAGUACCACGAGAUAUUAAUGAAAGAGGACGAGAUUUGGAUUAUGUACUUAAUCAGUACAUGAAUUAUGUGAAACCUGCAUUCGAAGAAUUUUGUUUACCAACAAAAAAAUUUGCUGAUGUAAUUAUUCCCAGAGGAGCUGAUAACACAGUGGCGAUUGACCUUAUAGUGCACCACAUCUGGGACAUUUUGCAUACUAAAAAGGGCGAUUCCAUAUCCGGGCAGUAUCCAUACAUCGAGCAUAAACGAACAUCAACUUCGUCAGACGCCCUCACCAGACGAUUGACUUAUAAUUGAAUCACGAAACUCAUAUAAAAAACCUUCCACUUUUUUUAUUAUAUAUUGUGUUACAGCCCAUUCUGCACAUAAGCAAUUCAAUACAGGCUUGUUACCCGAUAUAAUUGCGCAUGCACAUACUAAUUAACACAAAGAAAGCCAUUAAAAAAGUACAAUAAGUACAGGAAUAUUC